CCCGCAAAGUCCCAUAGACGGCGAGCGAAGGGGCGGGGCUUGGUGUUCUUGCGGAGCCAUGGAGCGGGACAGGCGCUGCUGGAAGUGGCCCUGAGAACUGCCUGCGGUGGUGCAGCGUGUUAAAGCGCUGAGCUGCUGAACUUGCGGACGAAAGGUCACAGGUUCGAAUCGGUGGAGCGGAGUGAGCGCCCCCUGUUAACUCCAGCUUCUGCCAAUCUAGCAGUUUGAAAACAUGCAAAUUUAAUGUGACUCCUUCUAAAGAUCCUGAUUCAGGAGAGAAAGUUCCCACCAUGACACCUGGGAAAGAGCGGGAAGCAUUAUAUGAAGAUUCCUCGGGAGAUGGCGUUAGCACCAUUUAUGGUAACCCAGUUCCAGCCCCACUCUCGGACUCCACUGAUGAAUUUACCACCUAUUUCGAUCAGAAAAUUCCCAUACCUGAAGAUGAAAAGCACCCCUGGUUCAGUUUUCGAAAACUCUGGGCUUUCACGGGACCAGGUUUUCUCAUGAGUAUUGCUUACCUGGAUCCAGGCAAUAUUGAAUCGGAUCUGCAGUCUGGUUCCAUUGCAGGGUUUAAGCUGCUCUGGGUUCUUUUGCUGGCCACUGUCAUUGGUCUGCUUCUGCAACGCCUGGCAGCAAGGUUAGGAGUGGUAACAGGACUUCAUUUGGCAGAAGUAUGCAACCGACAAUAUCCCAAGGUCCCUCGGAUUAUCUUGUGGCUGAUGGUGGAGCUAGCUAUCAUUGGCUCAGAUAUGCAAGAAGUCAUUGGCUCAGCAAUAGCCAUUAACCUGUUGAGUGCUGGAAUAGUACCUUUGUGGGGCGGAGUUCUCAUAACAAUUGCGGACACCUUUGUGUUUCUCUUCCUGGAUAAAUAUGGCUUGAGGAAACUGGAGGCAUUUUUUGGCUUCCUGAUUACUAUCAUGGCUGUCACGUUUGGAUAUGAGUAUGUUACGGUACGUCCAGACCAAGGCCAGCUUCUCAAAGGGAUGUUUAUGCCAUAUUGUGCCGGCUGUGGAGCACCUCAGUUGGAGCAGGCUGUCGGGAUCGUUGGUGCUGUCAUCAUGCCGCACAACAUGUACCUGCAUUCUGCUUUGGUCAAGUCUCGACAGGUGAAUCGUGCCAACAAGAAGGAAGUCUCUGAGGCCAACAAAUAUUUCUUCAUAGAAUCCUGUAUUGCCCUUUUUGUCUCCUUUAUCAUCAAUGUUUUUGUGGUCUCAGUAUUUGCUGAAGCUUUCUUUGGAAAGACAAAUGAAGAAGUGUACAACUUCUGUGCAAAUAAAAGUUCUCAAGCGGCACUGUUUCCACAAAACAACGAAACUUUGGAUGUGGAUAUCUAUAAAGGGGGAGUUGUCCUGGGUUGUUACUUUGGCCCUGCUGCUCUGUACAUCUGGGCAAUUGGGAUUCUUGCUGCUGGUCAGAGUUCGACAAUGACUGGGACGUAUUCUGGACAGUUUGUCAUGGAGGGUUUCCUCAAUCUGAAGUGGUCACGUUUUGCUCGAGUAGUUCUGACCCGCUCCAUUGCCAUCACCCCAACCCUUUUGGUCGCUAUUUUCCAAGAUGUGGAACACUUAACUGGCAUGAAUGAUUUUCUCAAUGUUCUUAUGAGUUUACAGCUCCCUUUUGCAUUAAUCCCAGUCCUCACAUUCACCAGUUUGCGUCCUGUAAUGAACGACUUCGCUAAUGGCUUGGGCUGGAAGAUUGCUGGGGGAAUUCUCAUUCUUAUAAUCUGCACCAUUAACAUAUACUUUGUGGUGGUCUAUGUUACUGCCCUGGGACAAAUGGUAUUUUAUGUGUGUGCUUCCAUUCUCAGCAUUGUCUACCUUGCCUUCGUGGCAUACUUGACGUGGCAGUGCUUAAUAGCGCUCGGGAUUUCCGGCCUGGCCUGUGGGCACACGCUUUCCCUGGCAACUUUAAAGGCCCUGGAAGGUUACAACCUGGGACUCAUUUCUCGUCCUGAACUCUUCCUCCUCAACAACAUGGAUGCUGACUCGGUUACGAGUAGAUGAACUACAGAAGAAGGGAAAAAAUUUAAAAGGGGGGAAAAGUCCUCUUAUGCUGCACAAAACCAAGUUCUAGUUGGUUCAAAAGUGAGUGUAUAUGCUCCAGAGAGACUCCUGUUUUCUAUGAGGAGCAGAAAUGAGAUGGAGGGAGGGGGAAGUGGUGCUGUUAAGGAUUGCCUGGAAAAGAGACUCCGUUCAAGUUACCAACUGUGAAAGCUGUUAAAGUGCUACUGACACCAUACACUGUGAAGGGGGCAGAAGGGUACAUAAUGAUGGAGAGAAAUCUUACCUUUUUAUGUGGGCCAAAUACCUGCAAAAUGUGGGAGAGGGCAUUUCCAGAAAUGGAAGAGCAAAGGAAAGUGCUCUUCUCUUCUUACUUUCCCCAACACAAGCAUUAUCUUAUCCCAUCUGUUUUCCUCCUAUUUGGCUUUAUUCUUUGCCCCAGGAUGCAACUGGGGCCUCAUCUACACUACUCUAUAUCCCAGGAUCUGAUCCCAGAUUAUCUUCUUAUCCUAACAUUAUAUGGCGGUAGAGACUCAUGUAUUCCAAUUCAAAGUGGAUAAUCUGACAUGACAUCCUGGGAUAUAGGGCAGUGAAGAUCCAGCCUGGGAGAAAAGAGGUUGGGUGAGAAGUUGAAGGUUGGGGUGAGGAAGCAGGUAAGAGAGUUUGGGUUGGUGUGAGUUUUCCGGGCUGUAUGGCCAUGUUCCAGAAGCAUUCUGAACAUAAUCAUGCAGCCCGUAAAACUCACAGCAAUCCAGUGAUUCCAAUCGUGAAAGCCUUUGACAACACAAGAGAGUUUGGUUCUUUCUUCUCACGUGCACUCCCCCCCCCCCCUUGAAAUCUCUCCCUUUUGCC